AUGUCUGGUUUCGAAAAGGCCGGUGGGAAGUCUGAUCGGGACGUCAUGGAGGCCAAUGAGAUGAUGGAGAGGGUGGUGAUUGGGGAUGUCACUCCUGUGUCGGGAGAGUGUUGGCUCGCUGAUGGGGACAAGGUCGCAGAGGUGAGCCGCCUACGGGCAUCUGCAACGGGCAACUGCAAGAUGCUGUAUGGCUGUGACCGAUUCAAGUUCUACGACAUCGUCAUCUGCGAGAACGAAAGUGACGGCAAGUUCGGCGCGCUUCUCACGUGCCAGGAGAACGGCUCAACCAAGAUCCUCCGCAAUGAGGUGGCAGAGUGCCCCGUUGUAGCUACGAGGAAGCUGGUGCACCGGCUGCAGCUGGAUACCGCACUCUUGUUCACUUCCAAGUACACGGUUGGAUCGCAGCUCCGUGGUCAACAGGGCUACACGAACAAGGAGACGGGUGUAUUUGAGCUCAUUGGUGGGAGGACGGAUCAGCGCAUCCCAGGACCGGAUGACGAUACGCAGGGCUUGAGUGGUCGGCACAGCGAUGCGCCUGGAGGAGUGCCUUACCCGCCUCGUGCGGAGCGUGGUUUUGGCGGUGGUGGACACAAGAGGGCGAGGGUUGAUGGGAGGGAGGGUUGUAGGGACGGGGGCAGGGGCGGUGGUGGUGGUGGUUUAGAUUAUGGAAACGAGUAG